AUGGAAGAUCCUGCUCACUCUGUGUCCCCUGUGGCUCCCAGAGUUUCUGAGAGCAAAUCAUCUUUCCGCCUAGCUCUCCCAGCACGGCCUUCAGAGGCCCGAAGACCAGCGCCUCUGCCUGAGGCCUCUGGAUUGCUCUCCCCCAGGCUCCCAUCUUGCCUGAGGUCACACUCUAUUGAUAGCCUGUCAUCUUCAACUUCAUCAUGGUCAAGUGAUUCUCAGCCACCAGCACCUGUUCCUUUUUUGGAUUCCUCAUUCCUAAUACACCACGUUCCACCUCAACCCCCUGUCUCCUCCCUGCAUCAUACUCAGAGAGGGGAUCCUGCUCUACAUCUAGAUCCCUCCUCGUCUGUGAACACCAUCUUUGCUCUUCAGUCCACUGUGUCUGAAGAUUUGGAAGCCUCACCACACUUUUCCCACACAGUGAAACACCCUGAUUCACUGGCUUCUGUUUAUUACACAGCUCCAAGCCCAGCUGCUUUAUCAAGCCCAGAUGGCACUCGAGCCCAGGGGACUUUCCAACAGAAAGAAAUGAAAUCCAAGACACCUAACAAUCUACAGAAGAAUUCUCACCCUAAGAUAUUUGGGGACCAUGUGCAGGUGCAACUCCUCCAGAUCUUCUGGGGCCUCCCCUCUCUGCACAGUGAGUCCCUGCUAUCUAGUGUCCUCAUCUCUGCUACCUGUUCCAUAGCCUUGGUCUACUUUAAUAAUCACAACACAAAUGGUCUCUCUGUGCAAAUCCAAGAAAAAGAAUUUCAAUUACUUUCUCAUCCUGUCACUUUUCCCAUCCCUGAAUUAGAGCCUCAAACUUUACCUCAACCCCAGCUUCAAAUCUCUCCACCUUCUCCACUCCUGAUUAAGCCUUCUGGAGAGUCUGUCCCUAGACCUCACAAUGAGGCUCAUUCUCCUACUCAAGAAGAUAUUAGUCACCUUGAGUGGCACACAUUGCAAAAGCAACUGGAAGGCUUGUGGGGCAUACCUGCCACUGAGCAAAAAUCUCAGAAAUCCUUCUGCCCACCAGCUCCCACCUUUCCCAAGCACCACCAGUGUUACAAGGCCCAAACACCUGUAUCUAUCAGGACUGGGAAUUUUCCACUCAGUGAAGAUGUAAGUAAAUCAUUGGAAAGACAUCUUAAGAAAAGACUCAUCCAACAGCGGUGGGGCCUGAACAGAAGGAUUCAUGAAUCUUCCGCACUGAUGGAGCCUCCAAAAGAAUCUCCCGAGCCAGCAGUUUCAAAAAGUGCUAAUGGCCUCAGCUGGAUUCCGAAGUAUAAGCAGAGAUGCAGUGUUCAUGACAGUCUUAGAGAAAGAGGUUUCUAUGAGCAAAGCCUAGAAUCUGCCCACUGCAUGAAGGAUGUGAAGAAGGCCCAACCACAGAUCUCAGGGACUGCCCAGGCUGGUCAUCCCGCAGGAAACCCAGAUGGUAACCACAUAAGACCUGGAGUGUGGAGAAACUCAGGUUAUUGA